AUCUGUCAGUCAGGGAAUAUAAUGACUACAAUGUUUGAAAAACAAACUAAAAGCUGCGUUCAAAACCAUUGUAUUUGCAUAUGUAUAUGUUGCUUCUUAUUAUACUCAUUAAGCUUUUGAAAAUGUUUAUGCGAUGCUAGUGUUGAAAUGAAAUUGUAAGCUAUGUUCUAACAGUUCAAUGAGAUGCUCACACUUCAUGCAUUUUUCUGGAGGCAAUAUACGUCAUGAACUUAAUGACGUUUGUUGCUGGCUGUGAGUCCUCGCGACCAGGGGAGUCAGGCAAGCAGACUGUGUAGCGUACAACGCGCACCAAAGUAGUCGGGCGUUUAUGGAAACAGGAAGCCGAGGGAAAGCAAAGCAAAGGAUUAAAGUCGGGUCUCUGUGUGACUUCAAAGGGCGCCUUGCUUCGUCGAUCUAUGAUAUAAUGUAUUUAGUACCAUUUGAGACACUGAAUGGCCAUGGAGGGAAACGAGAGGACUUUUGGCACUUUGGACAUGAGUACAGUCAGACGUUCGUUUAGGUUGAACGGUGCACGUAUUCGUUCACAACGAGUUCACUGCAGGAGAGCUUUCAGUUGCUAGUUUUCUGUUCAUUUUAAGUUGCUGUGCUAGCUAGCUGGCGAAUAAGAGUAACGUUAAGUAAAGUUAGCGAGCUAGCCGACUGUUGAUUUUAAAAAGAGUAGGGUGAAAUCUCAUACGCUAACAUUACCGUUAGCUUCACAGCUUACUUAGCGUAACGUUACACGUGUUUGAACAACUGCUGUGUCUUGGAAAAGAUAUUGAGUAACUAUCAAAAGUCGACGGACAUUAGCAAAACACAUAGGUGAAGGCCAACGAUACACCGUUAGCUGUUCGCUAGCUGCGUGCAGGCGAUAACAAGCUAACGUUAAUGUCAACUAACAUGGAGGAAGAGAUGCAUGUGUUGUCAGUGCAGUGUUACAUAAUUGCAAAACAGAAUUGUAUUCGCUGGUCUCAUCUUUUGCUCUUUGACGACACACAAAUCGACUUUUGACACCUUGGAUUAAAAAACUUAUGGCUGUUAAUUGAGAUCUGGGAGAACCCAAGUGAAAUGGACCCAAACACUCUCCUAAGUGCCAUGGAUCCAUCCAUCACCCUGUGGCAGUUCCUGCUUCACCUGCUGGAGAACCACAGCCACAAGCACCUCAUCUCCUGGACCCCCAACGGGGACGGCGAGUUCAAGCUGCUGGACGCAGAGGAGGUGGCCAGGCUGUGGGGGCUCCGCAAGAACAAGACCAACAUGAACUACGACAAGCUCAGCAGAGCCCUGCGCUACUACUAUGACAAGAACAUCAUCAAGAAGGUGAGUGGCCAGAAGUUCGUCUACAAGUUUGUGAACUCCCCUGAUCCCGCUUCGGCUGAGGGGGCGCGAGGGCCGGAGGACACCGGGCGGUGCGGAGAGGGCGCCCCCGAGGUGAUCGUGCAGUCCAAGCCUGACGCCGUGGCCGGCACAGGGGUGGACGGCGCUCCCAAGAGCCUCCAGUCUCAGAGGCCCACGCUCAGCAUGGCCCAGCGCAGCUCCCGUAACGACUACAUGAAGUCAGGCCUCUACUCCACCUUCACCAUCCAGUCCCUGAAGACCUCACCCAAACCCAUCAAGACCGAGGGCGCACACCUAAUAGCCGAGUGCCUGCCCAAAGGCGCCCCAGCUGCUGUGCCCACACCUGAUGUCGCUCUGUGUGAGCUGCGUCUAUGUGCACCCGAGGCCCAGCAGGAGAGCGGCCUGCAAGUCAUCGUCACCCAGCCCUCGCCCUGCGCCACGCCCGCCCUGAGCCCGCAGACGCCAUCCGGGUCCACCACGGGCAGCACAAAUGCUCACGCACAGCAGACCCAAACCGUGGCCGACUCUCCUCAUAUCUUCUUGACGAGUAUUUCAGAUCAGGGCCCCCUCAUCUCUCUGACCCCUGUCGGGGCCCCCGUCGCCCCUGGGGAGUGUGUGGUCAACCAGGCACCCCAGGCGCCCCAAGUUUAUGUGGUCAUCAAACCCCCAUCAGUGAGUCCCCUUUCCAAGGAGCCUAGUCUGUCAUCGGAUGAUGAACUCCUGGAGAUGGUCAGCCUCGACCAGAAGCCUACAGCAGAGGCUGUAGAGCCAGCAUCCAUACCCCGGGAUGCGGAGGUCCCCUCCCCCGUGGACGCCACCCCUCCGUCUGUGGAUCCAGUGGACCAGCCUGAGAGGCAGAAGGAGGGGGAAGGAGAGGCGAAGGACAAGGCCGAGCUGCCAGGUCGGCCACAGCACAGUCUCUUGUGUCUGUCUGCUCGUGUCAUUUCACCAGGCCAGCGUUUUAGAGAGAGGUCUUCAGUCCCUUCCCUGUCUGUCCUGGUGUCCUCCUCCUCGUCUCAGGAGGCGCACCCACCCAAGGCCAAGAAGCCACGUGGCCUGGAGCUGCCGUCAUCCCCCACCAUCUUACCCCCAGGCCUCUCUCUGGAUAAGGUCAACGCGGCGGUCAACAGCCUCCUGGCCCCCGGAAGUGCCACCAACACACUAACGCCUACAGUAAUCACCUCUCACGCCCUGAAGCCUCUUAACCAGCAAAGGAGCAGGCUUCUACUGAAGAGUCUCUCGACUGAUCUUCAGCAGUACUCCGGUGUUGCUGACUCCCAGCCCCCUACCCUCCACCAUCCACUUCUGGAGCACGCUCAGUCCCAUUGCCCCUCGGAGCCCUGCCAAGCUCUCCUUCCAGUUCCCCUCCAACGGCAGCAGUCAAAUCCACAUCCCUGCCUUGAGUGUGGAUGGCCUCUCCACUCCUGUUGUGUUAUCACCUGGCCCUCAGAAGCCUUGAGCAGCUGCCUGGCUCCAUCACCUGGUCCCACUUCCUGUAGUUUCACCCAGCCUAGCCAGUGAGAGGCUAAGGACAGACGACGGACAGACUACACACUCCACUCAGAGAUCCCAGUGUUGCCAGUGGGCGGGGAUGUCUGAGUCUCCAGUCCAAUGAUGGCAGAGAUCUGGAGGUUCCAAAGCAACCCCAACUGGCCUGAUUGGCUGGUCCAGAUGCCUCAGUCUUCUGGUGACCCAGAGAUAGCAUCUGUAACUUCUUUUACAUCGUAGAAAGAUCUAACUCAGUACUUUUUUUUCUUUUUUUUAAAAACAUGUUUCUCAUCUUUUAUUCAUUAUUUAUUUUGUCUGAUUUCAACAAAGUAGACAUCUUGGUGCAUCCUUUUUCUCUCUGUUUAGUUGUGAACAUUGAACAUUUUAGUAGUGAACACUGAGCACUUUUUCAGUGCAAUGAUGCCAUGAGUAAGCUCAUUGUUCAUUUGUCAGGCUCGUUUAUUUUGGACUCAAAGAUUUUUGACCAAGUGAUAACGGUCUAUUACUCUUUCUAGUCAAAUGUUUCUCUUUCUAUCUCAAAUUUACCAUUGGAUCCGCAAUACAAUUUAAGAGGAAGUAAUUAUAUUUGUGGUCAUUGGGAUGACUUGAAGAGGGGAACACAUUUGACGUUCGAUGCACUUGGUUCGUAAAGGAAGAGGAAGAAGACAAAAUAAUUUUUGUGACCCUCGAUAUAUUUUCCAUUGAUAGAAGAAUCUAUUUUCUAAAUCAGAUGGCACUUUUCCAAUGGAAUUUUCACAGCCAUCUUUGGGAUUUUUCAUGUCUGGAGCUCAGCUUGAAAAAUGUACACGCCAGAUAAACGAUGACUUUCAAGAGAUUCUCUCUUUUUUUUUUAACAAAUGGAAUGAACUAACUUGGUUUGUUUAGACAGGAGAGUCCAUGUGAUUUGCAUUCCACUGUUUUUAAAUGGCUCUUUUGUUCUACAUGCUGAAGCCAUUCCACGUUUGAAGGGGGAUAAAAACAAAGGUCUGCUUUUUUUUUUUUGUGUUUCUCUGAUGUCACGAAGCCUCACUGACAAAAGCAGCCUCCUCAGUGGAACAAAGGUCUCUGCAGUGUCGCAAGAAACCUUUUUUAAUUGUAUGGUUUUAAAAAACAAAAA